GGAAGACCUGUCAAUUCCUCUCUGACGCUUACACGAACAGUCUCCUCGAAGUAGUUUCACUGCGUGUUGUCACAGGCGGUGACAGAGGGAUUUAAACUCACAACAUUACGACACUUGAGCGGUUUUCACAACUGAGGCAAGUGAACCAGAAACCUCUCAGGGCGUCUCGUCUCAGCCCUCGAUGCUCCUGCAAUCCGGCGGGUGUUAAGAUCCAUGGAAGUGGCCGGCUUCUACGACGAGGGCAGCUUUGCUAUCCACAGUAGAGACAGCAUUAUCAGCCCCAUCAGCAGCGGCUCAUAUUGGAGGCUCGGUGACUCGAUGACGGAGCUGGGCAUUGAAGAGCGGGAGAGAGCGAUAGACUUCAGUGUUUACCUGGACUCGGCUUUGCACUGUCCGCCGCAGCAGCUUCAGCAGGGGGACGUUUACGCAGACUUCCUGGCGGAGAACAAGAUCAAGAGAGUGGCAGCUUUACAGGGCUACAAGAACUACUCGCUGCUGAACGAGCUGGAGGCGAGUCAGUGCGACAACCUGAGAGACCCCAGGGAGCCCUACGCGCUGGGUUACACAGAGCUGCAGGAGACCCGGGUGGAUAGUGUGCUCAGCCCUGAACUCAUCGGGAGCCGCUACAAGGCUGCUGCCGUCGCCGCUGCUGGUGAGAGAGAAGACAGUCAGGAAGACGUGAAGAUGGAGAAUGGGUCGUCUGGCUUUGACAUGAGGUCCUACCUUCAAUACCAGUCCACCAGCGGCAGUCUCGGAAACAUCUCCACUGCGUCCUCGACUUGCUCCAGCCCGCCCGGCACACCUGCCCCGUCAGGUAAGAGCAGGUCACCAUCGCACGGCGGCAAAAUGUCGAGCGGGAAAGCAAAGAAACGCCUGGACAAGGACAGUGAAGAGUACAGGUUGAGGCGGGAGAGGAACAACCUCGCCGUCAGGAAGAGCAGGGACAAAGCAAAAAUGCGCAACUUGGAGACUCAACACAAAGUGCUGGAACUGGCUGCAGAGAAUGAUCGUUUACAAAAGCGCGUAGAGCAGCUGUCCAGAGAGCUGGCCACCCUGCGCAACCUGCUCUCCGCCACCGGACAAUGUUAAGAAAAACCUCCACCAGAGACCCAACACGGAUUUCUGAACCGCUUGUCAAAUCAUUCAUGGACUUUUAUUUUUUAGAGCCGGAGGUGAUCAAGUGUUGAAAAAGGUACGCUUCACAGGUGAAGACAGCGACCACCAGUUUACAAGGACUCUUUGAAUGGGACUGUAGAAGUGGGUGCAUGGAUUGCGCAAUCAUUCCCGUUUCUUCACAUGUCGCCAUAGCUUUAUUCUCAGAUGUAAUUUUGUGUACGCAGUAUUUCUGUGCAGGUUUUACAUACAUGCGAGUGAAUUUCUACAUUUUGCGUAUUUGGAGCAGUGGUUGUCAAGGGAAGAGUUGUGCUGCAGUGAAAUGAUGCAACUCUUUGUAAUAGUAUUGGCAAUGAAUGAAAUAAAUCUAAUUAUUUAAUAUUAAAAGGGAAAUGCUUUAAUUGUACUUGAUAUUUUAUUGAAUUAAACAGAUUUAUACUUUGUUUAAACAAUUUCAUUUGUAAUUCCUUCUUUUCUGUCCUUUUGGAGCAGGUGUUGGCUCAGACAGACAUGGUUGCCUUUGACAUGCACACUCACCAUAGUCAGACUGUGUAUUACGUGUGAUUUCCAACAUACUGUAGAUAAAAACUGACGCCACAGUAAGGCGGAUUUGUAAUCGUUUAAUUCAGGCCAGUAUGUCAAAACUGGAAGAAAGAACAUACUGUAGAAUACGAAUGUGAAUUUUAUAAAAUGUAGUCGUCGCCUGUGACGUUUUCAAAAUGCCUUGCAUCACCAUCGUCUCGAUCCAUUAUCGUUUAUGGUUUCCACAAACAGAGAAAUGGCCUUCAGUGGUCUGAUCAGAGUAUAAAACAAGGUUUAUGUGAAGUUUAAAUGAAACACAAAGGUGACGUGGUUCAAAAUCACUUGGUUUAUACCAGACCAACCAAAGCGAAGAGCUGACUCUCCGCACUAUUAUUGGUUAACCUGUAAGGCCAUUUGCAUUCCUCUGUUUACUCACUGAUUUAACACAAAAGUCCUCAGAUUAGGAAAUACAUCCAAGCAUUUUAUACUGAAAUGAUACUGCUGAUAGCAGCAAAAACGUUUGGCCACACUGCACGCAGCACAGAAAUGUAAGCUUUAUCUUUAGCACACGGCUCUGUCAAUAGUCUGCUGGGUCCACUGGCCUAGAGAGGGGUUCAAGGUUGCAUGGAAAUUAAUCAGCAACUAACCUCACACCACCUCGGGUCUUGCUUCAAUGCCAAGAUCUGGGUGAGAGUCAGUGCAUGAGAGAUAUGAAUAAUCCUGAGCAAACGUCAUUUUAACUCUCAAGUGGAAGCCCCUCAGCAGAAAAUGUAGAAGUUAAAAAUGGUGGUGACAAAGGAGGUUAGACCAGACAUGAUAGAUUAGUCCACAAUUUGUUUGCAGUGGAAUUUACCAAGCCCUGAGACUGCAUUUCACUGUGUGCACAAUACAAAAUGUUAUCUGUCACGAGCAAAGCAAACUCCAGACAGAGAGGAUAAAGAAAAAGGCACGGUGGGAUUUGUAUGUGAUCCGUGACGUUUCAGGGUGGGGAAUGUUGUCUAACUCUCGCUUCGAACUGCAGACAAGAGCACAAUCCACCUCUGUUAGUUUUUCAGGAGGGGACGUAUUUGCUAUCACUGAAAAGUUAUGUUAUAUGCUCCAAAUAAAGUAUUAAAACUG